CUACCAUCGCGAGCACUUAAUUCAAUGCAAAAAUUAAGUGCCUUAGAUUUCGAUUACAAUGAAAUAGAGAAAAUCGAAGAUUACAGCUUCUAUGGUUUGCGUCUGUCCAAGCUGAAUAUGAAAGGAAAUCGGCUGCAAAGUAUCCCUGAACAUGCCUUCGUAGGCUUGGAGGAAUCAAUGCAAGAAAUCGACUUAUCUGAAAAUAGUUUAAGAUCCUUCCCCAUGAUGGCCUUAAGGAAAUUAGAUUAUCUACGUAUCCUACGACUGUCGAAUAAUAAAAUUUCAACAUUUUAUGGUGAUAUUCAGCUGGUGACAAAUAAUGCAACGGCUGCUUCGACAUUACGACUGCCUUCGUUGACAUUUUUGGAUUUGAGUUCAAAUAAAUUCACCGAAAUUCUCGAUGAUUGUUUUCGUACAUUUCCCCAACUGAAAACGUUGUCAAUGUAUGCGAAUCAAAUUGAAACCGUGCAAGCGGAUGCAUUUAAAAGUCUAAAAGAAUUAAUGUCAUUGGAUAUGUCACAUAAUCGUAUAAUAUCGUUGGAUUCGAAAAUAUUCGAUAAAAAUAAACGUCUGCAAACGGUGGAUUUAAGUCAUAAUCAUAUACAUUCGAUAAGUGGAGUGUUUUCGAAUUUACCUCAUCUGAGAGAAAUAUUUUUAUCGGAAAAUAAUAUUUUGGAGUUGCCAGCGGAUGCUUUUACAAAUUCGUCAAAUGUGGAGGUUAUAUAUUUGGAAUAUAAUGCCAUUGCCCAUGUGGAUCCAAAUGUAUUUUCGUCCUUGAUUAAUUUGGAUCAUUUGUAUUUGAGAGCAAAUUUUAUACCUCUACUACCGGUCACAUUGUUGGAUAAGUGCCAGAAACUAAGUUCCCUCAGCUUGGAUGAUAAUGAUAUACAAGAUUUGGAAAUUGGUAUGUUUCGUAAAUUGGAAUUUUUGAGAGAGGUACGACUGCACAAUAAUCGUAUAAGGCGAAUAAGAAAGGGUGUGUUUGAACCCCUGCCUACCCUGCAGGAAUUACAUGUCCAGAAAAAUAAUAUUGAAGAUAUUGAACCGGGAGCAUUUCAGACAUUGUAUAAUUUGCAGCAUAUAAAUCUGCAAGAUAAUCAAUUGACCGUGUUGGAGGACAUUUUUCCCAAGGAUGCGAAUAAUUCCUCGCUGCUGACCAUCCAAUUGGAGGCAAACUAUUUGAAUAAAAUUCAUGUGAAAACCUUUCGACGCCAGGAUAAAAUACAAAUUAUGUGGUUAAGUCACAAUGAAUUGGUACGUGUGGAGAAGUCCAUGUUUGAGGAUCAAGUUGACUUGGCCCGGUUGUAUUUAAAUCACAACUUCAUAAGGGAUAUAGAUCGUGACACCUUUGCCAAGCUGAAGAAUUUAAAAUUCCUCGAUAUGAGUUGGAAUCGUAUGAAACAAUUGAGGCGAGAUUAUUUUGCCGCCCUCAACAAUUUGGAGGAAUUGCUGUUGUCCCACAAUUUCAUUGAGGCAAUUGAGGGUUAUGCUUUUAAUAAAAUGAAAAAUCUCAAAAUCCUAGAUCUCUCACACAAUCCACUGCAUCAAAUAACCAAUGAUGUGUUCAUGGAAGAUUUGGCGCUAACCCAUUUGAAUUUGAAAAAUACCUCUUUGCGGAAAAUCGAAAAUAAUACCUUUAAGUCGCUGCAAAACCUCAAUGAACUUAAUUUGGAGCUUAAUUAUUUGUUGCCGUCCGAUAUACAAAAAUUAGAGUUACCAGGUUUACGCACACUCUUUUUAUCGCACAAUAAUUUCACCAAUCACAUUGCCACAAUGGCCAGUAUGUUCGACAAGCUGAGAUCCAUACAACAUUUGACCAUGGCGAAUUGUUCUAUCAGCGCUUUGCCCGAAGAUAUGUUUAAUAAAAAUACCAAUCUUGUAAAAUUGGAUCUCUGUGAUAAUCAGCUGACCACCAUGAGUCGUAAUCUCUUCAAUGGCCUGAAUGUUUUCAAGGAACUGCGAUUAUGUCGCAAUCACUUAAUGGAAUUUCCCCAUGUGGCCCUAUACAAUCUGAGUACCCUGGAAAUAUUGGAUUUAUCACACAACCUAUUUUCCACAAUUGAUUUUUAUAAACUCAGUGGAACCCUAAAUCUACGAACAUUAAAUCUCAAAGAAAAUAAAAUCACAUCGCUUACCGGCUUCAAUGCUGUCAAUCUAACCCAACUUGAUACCGUCGAUCUAAGUGGCAAUCAUUUACUUUCCCUGCCAGCAAAUUUUCUACGGAACUCCAUUAAUCUACAAAAAGUUGACUUGUCUAGUAAUCGUUUUCUACAAAUACCCAGUUCCGCCUUAUCGGAUAUAUCUCUACCACGUCUGUCCUGGCUCAACCUCACCGGGAAUCCCAUCAACACAAUCUAUACUGUAAUUGAAGAAAGAUAUCCCUAUCUCAAGGAACUUUAUAUAUGUCAAACGAAUCUCUCCAUACUCACUUCCUAUGAUUUUAAAGCCUUCAAGGCCCUACAACAUUUGCAUUUGGUUAACAAUCGCAUAACACGAAUUUCUCCCGGGGCUUUUACAAAUCUCACAAAUUUACUUACCCUGGAUAUAAGCAUUAAUGAAUUGGAAUUGUUACCCAUAGAACGUUUAAAGGGUCUGAAUAAUUUACGUGUGCUGAAUAUUUCCCACAAUAUUUUACGUGAAUUGGAUGAAUUUUCAUCGGAUUUGGUACAGCUACAAGUUUGUGAUUUAUCUUUCAAUCAAUUGGAUCGGAUUUCGAGAUUUACAUUUACGCAUCUUCAUAAUUUAGUGGAGUUGCAUUUAAUGGGAAAUCGUAUGACCGUAUUGUCGGUGGAUGCUUUCCGAUAUUUACGCAAGUUACAUAUUUUGGAUUUGAGAAAGAAUUAUUUUGAAUUGGUACCGAUUGAGGCACUGAAACCACUGGAGGCGAACAUUAAGACACUGAGAUUGGAAGAAAAUCCACUGCAAUGCAGUUGUGAUGCCCAAAAACUCUGGGAAUGGUUACGUGAUCAUCGCAAAUGGUCUUCAUCCACUACGGCCAGCUUAACAUCGUCCUCGUCGACGUCAUCAUUAUCAGGUGGGUCAUCGGGCGAUAACAUUAAUUAUCUAAGGUGCGAACAUCCGGCUGAGUUGCGUGGCAAGAUAUUUGCCAAAAUGGAGCCGCAACAAUUCUGUGAUGCACCAUUAAUACCCAAAAUUGCCAUACAGGAUAUACAGCCAUAUUCGGUUAUUGUAUCCUGGCAGAGCCGUGAGCAUUUAGGAUUAAACGGCUAUGAAAUUGUAUAUCAUGCCAUUGUUGGUGAUGAUGAGAUACGCGGCAAACGACUAAAUGGUUCGGCACAUUCAGCAAAAUUAACAAAACUUAGCCCAAAUACACGUUACCAUAUUUGUGUUAUCGGUACCGGUAAUUGGCUAUCGGAGCCUGUAGCGACUGCCUUACAAAGGAUACAUGUUAACGAUAGCUUCCUUAUGGCGCCACGUGAUGAACCAAACGCAUCAAUGUAUCCAUUUGCUUCCGCCUCUUCCACAUCCUACUCAUCCUCCUCCUCGUCGUCAUCCUUGUUUAAUACAAAUAGCAUGACCUUUGGCGAACAUCCAUCGCUGGCCCAACCGCAACAGCAGCAGGCCUUAAUCGAAAACACCGUGGCCACCGACAAUGCCCUACAAGAAGUUCUCAAAAAUUCACGUUUUUCCACCUGCACCGAUGUUCAGACACUCGAUUCGACGCCCAGUGUUAUCACCGAUGAAAAUGGCUUAGCCACUAAUGGCUUCAUUCAUUCCAUACUUACACGCCGUCUUGGUCUUAUUGUGGGUUGUUGCAUGGGUAUUAUUGUUUUCAUCGUUAUGAUAUCCGUGCUGAGCUAUGUAAAGCUGAAGAAACAACGCAUCGAGAAUGCCAAACGACAGGCCGCCCUGCCACCCGACUACAUGUCCUAUCGUCAUUUCUCAAUACCUAAUGAAGAGCUACUGAGAACCGGUGCGGCUGGUACGGUCAUGUCAAGUGUGCCGAGUGGCAUUAGUGCUCACAUCAGUGGCACCAGUCUGAGUACGAGUGCAACUACAACGGCCACGGCCACAACACCUCUUGGAAUUUUGAAAGUAACUGAAAGUCUGAAUAGUAGUAUGGGCGGAGGUGCUGCGACAACAACAACGUCUACCGGUAAUGCGGUUAUGACUGGAGGCAAUGGAACUUUAAUUUCAGUCUCUCAGUCGGAGAAUGGUUCAGUGGCGGCGGCAGCAGCGGCGACAGUAGCAACAUCGUCUGCGACCGGAACAAAUAACCAUCAUCACAUGCCGACGAAUCAUCACAAUCACCAUAAUCAUCAGCAUACUUCCCAACAGCAGCAGCAUCAGCAUUAUCAGCAAGGAAAUGGCAAUGUCGUUGGCUAUAUGGCAGCCGGAGUCGUGCUAGGUGCAAAUCAUUUAAAUAACGUCGCCUGUUGGAAUCGCACCAAUAGCAUAGAAUGCUCAUAUUUACAACUUAAUGGAACAGGCUUAUGUGCCUGUUCAGCACAAGGUCUUCGUGAGUGCUCCAAUCGAACUGUGACACCAGGUAUUUGUGUUCAUGGUGGUACAGGUCAUCGUCAGCAGCAAUGCCAUCUAUUUAGGACAGAAUGUGAUUUAAGAAGAGCUCGUUGUGCUGGUACAGAGUGGCAUGAGAUCGACAAUAGACAGUGCAGAGGAUUUACCUUAAAUCAAACUAAUCCCUGUCAUUGUCCGAAAUUGGUACAGUGUUCGAGCGUAAGUCGUUUUAGUUGUGUCCAAGUGAAUCAAAGUACCUGUCGCCUAUAUGACAAUGAGUGUGAAUUGGAGCGAAGUCGUUGUGAUGGAGAGCCUGCUACUAUUGUGGAUAUUUUGAAUUGUUAUACGUUCCAAGUGAAUCAAAACCAAAGUUGUUAUUGUCCGGCACUUUUGAGCUGCCGACGUAAUGAUACAACGAAUGUAUGUGUUCGCAAUGCGGUAGGUCAUUGUCAGUUAUUGGCGAAUGGUUGUGAUUUGGAGAGAAGGAGGUGUGUUGGAGAAGUUCUACGACCCGUCCAUUCUGUUCAAUGUUCGAAUAUGACUGUAAAUCAACAAAGACCAUGUUUUUGUCCCAAAUUAAGCAGCUGUUCAAAACAACCCCAGCCCAUAUGCGUUAGAACUCGUCGUGGCUGUAAGCUGUUUGUUUCAGAAUGUCAGGCCGAAGAGGCUCGAUGUCGUGGAGAAGUUUUAGAAACAGUGGAUCCAUUACAGUGUCACGGAUUCCGUGAUGAAGAAGAAAAGACGUGUUCUUGUUCAAAACUUCAGACAUGUAGUUCGAAUCGAACGUCAAUUUGUAUUGGAUCGUCAUCAUCGAAUUGUACCCUAUUGAGGAAUGAUUGUGAAUUGGAACGUUAUAAAUGUCAAAAUCCUGAGGUUUUGAGUUUGGCCAAAAUAGGACAUGUACCUGUCCCAACCUAUUUACAUGCUCGCGGAACGCUACAAAUAUUUGUAUUAGGGAUAAAACGGGAUGCUCACUUCUAA